AUGGCUGGCGGUGGCAUCCCCACAGACUCCCCUGUAGUAGCUGGUGGCUAUCUCACAGGGAAGAAGCUCAUCUACCCCUUGUCUCUGGUCAUCUCCCUCUUCUUCCUCUGGGGCUUCUCGUACGGUCUUCUCGAUGUGCUCAACAAGCACUUCCAGACUGUGCUCGGGAUCACAAAGCUCGAAUCGACCGGUCUCCAGGUCGUUUACUUCGGUGGAGGCUAUCUUUUGUACUCACCAAUUGCAGCUGAAGUCAUGAAGCGCAAAGGAUAUCGAUUCACGAUCAUCAUGGGCCUCAUCCUCUACUCUCUAGGGGCUGUGUUUUUCUGGCCGGUAGCCCAUUUCUCAGACCCAAACAGAACUAUUGCGGCUUUCGGAGGCUUUCUCGCGUGUACCCUGGUGAUUGCUUGCGGUCUUGCCACUCUGGAGACAGCCGCCAACAGCUACGCAGUCGUGAUCGGCCAUCCAGCUACCGCCUCUGCUCGUCUCCAGUUCUGCCAGUCUUGGAACGGUGUUGCGUCGUUCGUUGGACCACUCAUCGCCUCAAAGGCCUUCUUCAGCGGCGAGAACUCGAACAGCUUGACCAACGUCCAGUAUGUCUACCUGGCUGUUGCUUGCGCCGGUGCCGCCGUUGGCGUGCUCUUCUUCUUCAGCAAGCUUCCGGAAGUCUCUGAGUCUCAGGUCCGCUCUGCUUCCAUCGUUGCUGGCAACUCUGAGGAACUCGGUAUCGAUCAAUAUGGUCAACUCAUCAAGGACAAACCCCUUUACAAGGAGUACGACAUGAUCUUCGGAUUCAUUGCGCAGUUCUGCUACGUUGGUGCUCAGGUCACCAUCGCCACCUUCUUCAUCAACUACGCAACAGAAAACGCCACCUUGACCGACGCAAAGGCUUCGCAGAUGCUCUCAUAUGCUCUGAUCACCUUCACCGUCGGGCGUUUCAUCGCGACUGGCUUGGCGACGAUCUUCGAAUCCAAUUUCCUUCUGGUCAUAUACUCUGUCUGCGCCAUUGCAUUGACCUCUUAUGUCUCCGGUGGUCAUGGGAUUGCAGCUGUGGCUGCAUUGAUCAUUGUAUUUUUCACGAUGGCGCCAAUGUACCCAACAAUCUUCACUCUUGGCACUGCAAACCUGGGCAAGAACACACGUCGCGGUGCAGGAAUCUUGGUUAUGGGUGUGUCUGGCGGAGCCGUCUUCCCGCCGAUCCAGGGAGCCAUCGCUGAUGCCGCCAGCACCCGCAUCAGCUACGUUGUUCCAAUGGUCGGAUUCGUCGUCGUCCUCGCCUACGUCGCGGUCCACUGGGCCAGACAUGGCUUCCACAUCCUCCGCGUCAAGGGCGAGAAUGUCGUUGCAGCAUCCCUCGAGGGUGGCGCCGUCGGCGGUGUGGUCCAGACUGUUCAUUACGACGAGCGAAAGCUUAGCACUGUCGACGCUGAGGCCAUCCGCGCAUCCAGCCUGGGUGGUGCUCGGUUGAACUCCGUCACUGGAGGUUACAACAUGGAUACAGAGAAGGAUGGAUACCGCAUUCGAUCUUCGAGCAUCUCUGGCGCCGUCGUGGAGACCAUUGACCAUUCUUACAAGUUGAAGAUGUAA